AUUUUCAUUCUCAAAAUAAACACAAAAUGUUUCAACUUCAAUUAUUCAUCUCAAUCCUCACUUUAUCAUUCAGUACCCAAUCAUACUCUUCCACGUCACAACUCUCCAUUAUCCAAUCCCAUAAACCCAACCCCUUAUACGUCUCUGUCAUCGCUUUCGGCGCUACCGGCAACGGCAGCCACUACGACACCCUUCCUAUCCAAAGAGCCAUAAACGCAUGCUCAGCAGCCGUAUCCGAACACUGCCGUCAAUGCCACGUCAUCUUCCCGCCUGGAAAAUACUUAACUGCCACAAUAUUCCUGAAAUCCGGCGUCGUAUUGGAUAUACAUAGGAAAGCAACGAUUUUAGGAGGACCCAAGUUGGAGGAUUAUCCCAAGGAGCAGAGCAGGUGGUAUGUAGUGGUGGCGGAGGAUGCGGUGGAUGUGGGGAUUACUGGAGGUGGAGAAAUCAACGGACAGGGAUUGAAGUUUGUAGAGAGAUUUGAUGAGAAGAAGAAUGUGAUGGUGAGUUGGAACCAUAGUGGAGCUUGCCUUGGGGAUGAGUGUAGGCCAAGGUUGGUUGGGUUUAUUGGCUGCCGGAAUGUUAAGGUCAACCAUGUCAGACUCAUCGAACCUGCUCUUUGGUGUUUGCAUGUUGUACGAAGUGAUAACACAGCAAUCCGUGAUGUAAUGAUAAAUGGAAACUUCAAUUCACCCAACAAUGAUGGUAUAGACAUAGAGGACUCUAACAAUACAGUUGUCACAAGAUGCAACAUCAAUACAGGAGACGAUGCUAUCUGUCCAAAGUCAUCAACUGGACCUGUUUACAACCUCACAGUAACAGACUGCUGGAUUCGGACAAAAUCUUCUGCCAUCAAACUUGGAAGCGCUAGCUUUCACACGUUCAAGAAUUUCUUGUUUGAUAACAUUACAAUUGUUGAAUCUCAUAGAGGCCUUGCUCUACAAAUUCGAGAUGGAGGAAAUGUUAGCGACCUGACCUUCUCAAACAUAAACAUGAGCACAAGAUAUUACCACCCAUCAUGGUGGGGAAGAGCAGAGCCUAUCUAUGUGACAACCUGUCCAAGAGACGCUAAUUCAAAAGCAGGUUCAAUUUCCAAUUUGCUAUUUGUCAACAUCACAGCAACUUCUGAAAACGGCAUCUUCUUAUCGGGGUCAGGAGGUGGAGUCCUGGGCAAUCUGAAGUUCAUAAACAUGAACCUGAUAUACAAGAGAUGGACAAAGUUCCCGGAUGGGUUGGUGGAUUACAGGCCAGGAUGCCAACAACUUGUAAAGCACCAAACUGCAGGGUUCAUGAUGGAGAAUAUUAAUGGUUUGGUUGUCGAAAAUGUAGUCAUGAAAUGGUCCAAUAAUGAAUCGAUGAGGUGGAAUAAUCCUUUGGAUUUCAGGCCAUCAACUGUAAAUAACAUUUCUUUGAUCAAUUUUUACUCCAGAUCCUACCAACAAUGAGGAUGGAUGAGCAGGAAUGCAAGUAAAAUCUUUUCUUCCGAAAAAUAAAGCUGCAAAAAGCCACUCCUCCAAAACUGAAAUUAUUUAUGUGUUCAUGAUUAAUGCAAAGUGGUGUCGAUUCGGACUUGCUCCAGUUGAAUUGCUCAUCAGCUAAAUAUAUUUUUUCGGUUUUCCUUUGGCGGACUUUGAUAUUUGACCAAAGUUGUUGUUAACCAGUUCAGUUACCUAUUUGGAUUGGUUGUUGUUUA